CUCUCUCUUCUCCCCUCGCUCCUCUCUCUUUCUCUCUCCUCGGUGAACGUCAACUGUACGAUAAAAUCUCUCAAAGCCCCACAGGGUUUCCAGAAAAUCUUACCGUUUUGUAUUCGGACAGGAGUUAGGGUUUCGAGAAAAUCUAACCAUUUUUCCCGGGUGCGAAAUUCUGGGGGUUCGGAGAUGGUGAGGCCCUCCAAAAACUGGGAGUGGGUGGUGCGGGCGACGCUGCGGAGGGAGAAGCUCCGGCACGACGGCCGCGGCGGCCACGAGAGGGCGCCGAUUGGCAUCGCCAGCUCCGUUCCGCCGUCGCUCACCCGGGAGACCAACAUCGACCUGAUCUUGCUGGCCGCUGACGAGAUUCAGUUCGAGGACCCCAAUGUCGCCCGAAUCCGUAAGGGCCUUGUGUCCCUCAAAAUCCUACAACUCUGCCAUCCGAAGAGGCUAGGGUUUUUCGCAUUCGUCUCCCGCCGCCCGUCUCCGCUCGAUACAACUCAACUUUGGACUUCCUGGGUUACAAUGAACGCAUUUGAGUCAAUUCUCUCUCCUCCCUCAUACACUUUCACGGUAUUUUUUGUUGUUAUGUGAUUGGUUUUUGUUUUAUGAAUUUACCCUAAUAUCUAAGCCUACUAGGAAAAUUCAAAUCAAGAGGACAAAGUUAAAAAGUAAAAGCACAUUCAUGGCCAUUGCUGCAAGCUAUAAUAUUGAAUGGGUAGAAGAAUCACAUGCAUCCCCCAUUCCUGUUACGGCAGUGAAGAAAACACCACAAUCGGAGUCAUCUGUUAACAAUGAACAUCCGCAGUGUUAUGAACGCCUUAGGGAUGAGGUCACUGAAUUGGUUUGGUUUCUAAAAUCUACAACUAUUGGCAAUAAACUUCUGAACGAUGCAUUAGAACAUAACCCAACAUUCAAUCUUCUAUGCCAAUGUGAUCUGAUGGUUGAGCUGAAAUGGAUGAAGCAAGAGAAUGCAACUUAGCGGCCCUAAUGCAGUCAGUUAGUGUUAUUUUCCUUUCAUUGACUG